GGAUCGACAGUAACGUAGAUUGAACUGCGACAUUAAUAGAUAAAUCUACCAGUACAUCUACUUGAGCCGCCAAAGGUAAUUGUUCACCGCCGCACAGCACAAGGUCAUGGACUUCGCCCGCAAGACUCGAUACCUCACUUUGGACGUCAUCAGUGACAUUGGCUUCAGACAGGCCUUCAGAGAUCUAGUCAACGACGCCGAUAUAGACUCUUACAUUGGAUCGAUCGACAAGGUAAUGGCUUCCCUCACCUUUCUAUGUGCCAGUGGCCUGCUGCACUUCUUUCAAUGGCCUCCGCUUGCAUGACUUAUGGAUCCAAAAGAGAGGAGUAAAACAUUGGCAAGGUCAUUGCCACGGCCCGACGACUGAUUGACGAACGGCUGCAGUCUGAGACUGAAAGACAAUCAGACAUGCUGGCCGCGCUCAUACGACAUGGUUUGACCCGCGAGGACCCGUUCACCGAGAGGUUCCUUUUUUUUGUAACUUGGUGAAAUCGGAUAAAACCUUGUAAUUCUGGCACGUUGAGCAUCGAAUCUCCAAAACUCGACUCUUGGUGCACGAUAAACACUCAAACUUUAUCCAAAAAUCGUAAAAGGCCCAUCUCCCUUUUUCACAUUGGAGGAAUCGUAGAUAAACCUACUCUUUAAAAGUAAGCCAACAGCUACGAAUUAGGGUACUAAGAAAGCGAACUUAAGUGAAGAUUGUGCGUUAUUGUGUCU